GGAUUGCUUACAUUAUUUAUUCCACCAUAGCUUCUUCAAAGCUGCAUCUUUUCAACAUUUCUUCUUCUUCUUCUUCUUCUUCUUCUUCUUCUUCUUCCCACCUUUUCACAAUUCCGCUCUCACUCCAAAGUUGUAUAAGACACCCACCUUUCCCUCCCAAUUCCAUUCGUUUCCUCCCUUCUUCAAUGUUCUCCACUCCUUUCAUUCUCUCCUUUUCUCUCCUCCUUUCCCUCCCCAUCCUUUUCUUUCUCCUAGCCCCAACUCUCCAUCCCCAACCUCUCCCUUCCAUCUCCCUCCCUGACGAACUCGACGACCUCCGUCUCUUCCACCGCGCCACCACCCCUUCCUCCGCUUCCUCCCACCUCUCCUCUUCCUCCUCACCCAAAAUCGCUUUCCUUUUCUUGACCAACACCGACCUUCAUUUCCUCCCUCUUUGGAACCGUUUCUUCCGAACCGCAAAAACUUCCCUAUACAACAUCUACGUCCACGCUGACCCCACCGUCAACAUAACUCGCCCUAACGACACCGUUUUUCAUGACAGUUUUAUCGCAAACGCCAAACGCACUUUUCGGGCUUCCGCGACGCUAAUCUCCGCCACUCGACGUCUCCUGGCCACCGCCAUCCUAGAUGAUCCCGCCAAUGCUUAUUUCGCCGUCCUCUCCCAAUACUGCAUCCCUCUCCAUUCCUUCAAUUACAUCUACCGCUCCCUCCUCACAUCCAAGAACUUCGAUCUCACCUCCAAAUCGGACGCGGAAUCGUCCGACUUGACUCAGUAUGGUGUCCGAGUCAAGUACAAAUCGUUCAUCGAGAUCAUUUCUAAGGAACCCAGACUAUGGAAACGGUACGUAGUGCGUGGACGUUUCAUGAUGAUGCCGGAAGUGCCGUUCGAGAAGUUCCGAGUUGGUUCGCAGUUCUUUGUGUUGACUCGGAAUCACGCGUUGUUGGUGGUAAAAGAUCGGACGCUCUGGAGGAAAUUUAAGUUACCGUGUUAUCGAGCCGACGAGUGUUACCCAGAAGAGCAUUAUUUUCCGACUUUGUUAUCAAUGCAAGAUCCAAAUGCGGUGACUCACUAUACUUUAACUCGGGUUAAUUGGACCGGAACAGUGGCGGGUCACCCCUAUAUGUAUAAGCCGAAAGAAGUGUCGGCUAAGUUGAUUUAUGAGUUGAGGAAGUCGAAUUACUCGAGUUCUUACUUGUUUGCUAGGAAAUUCUCGCCCGAUUGUUUGAGACCCUUAAUGGGUAUUGCUGAUUCGGUCAUUUUUACAGACUGAGAUUGUUCCUGGUAAGAAAAAAAAUCCUUCCUUUUUGAUGAUUUAAUUAGUUUUUUUUUUUUUGAGUUGACUAGGUGGUGGGUGAUUUACUCAGCGAGUUGGGUUAUGGAGAUGGGUGGAGUGGUUGGGUUGGGUUGGGUAUUAGUUUUAGCUAAAUCUGGAAAGUUGGAAUUUUUAGUUACUCUGAGUUAGUUGAAGAAGUCUUAGUCAAUUUGAAAUCUUAUUUGAAUGGUUUACUUUUCUGCAGAUUUUGAAUUUAGAAAUUAGAAUCUUUUAAGGUAGAUUUUUCAACCAGACCGUUCUUUUAGGACCCGUUCGUACUUCUUAGUUCGUUCCUUUCAUGGAUUUGGUCUGGAGAGCCUUGUCAGAGUCCAACACGUUCAACACGUAAGUGAAAGUCCAUUCGAUCAAAUGCAAGUGUUUGAUUUAAAUCACAUUGGAAGGUGAAAAGAGUUUUUUUGAGGAACUGGCUUGGAGCAGAAUUUGCAGGGGAAUAUGGCUUUGAAGAGGCGUAAAGUUGCCACAACCCCAAAAGCUUCCAACUUUAAAAUCUUUAGAAACAGGGCGGGAUAAAAAAUAUGAUACUAAAAAAAGCAGCAAGAGGCCGGUGCUUUUGGUAAAGGUGUAAUUUGAUGGUGUAACAGUUGCCAAUAGCAGCACUAAAUUCUUGUCAUUUUGUUGUGCGAUUUGUACAUAUUUUGUAUGAAAUACAAUCAAAAUUCCAUCUGUGUGUGCCUUUUUGACGAUGCCAUGAAAAAAGUGGUAAAAAGAUACAGCAAUUUAGGGGAAAGAAGAAAGUGAUGGGAUUGGUUUGAAGAGAUGAAAGAAGCAACCCUUUCUUUUUUUGCUCAUCUUUAUGUCAUUUUUUUACUGCCAAUUUUUUUCCUCCUUUAUUCUUAUGCUCUUAUUAAAAGAUAACACCAUCAACGACAACAUAAUUUUCUGAAAUAUUUUUAAAAAAGUUUGAACUCCGACAGUGGAGAAAUAUCGGAAGGGACCAAGUUGUCAGCUUGUCUCACGUUUAAUUUUUUGGCUGA